AGUCGGCAGUGGCCAGUGGAUUAGCGUGGUGGCAUCUCGACGUCGUGCGCGGACGUGACUCGGCCAAGGAACGAGCGUGCGGAUUAAAAUGGCGUAGCGACCGCGACUCGGUUCGGUAAGCGCGCGCGAGGAUUUGCAUCAGCCCGGGUGAAUCCGCAGUCGGAGGGUCGCGACGCGGCGCAGAUCGUCGGUGAGUAACCGAAGCCGUCGGCUCGGCCAGGCUUCGGAGUGCGCGGAUCUUCGGAAGCCGAGCUCCUCCUCGAUCCUCGUGGCGCUCUGCUGCCACGCGUGACAAGUGGCUCUGCCAUCCGGAGGAGGUUUGUCGCGCGGUCCGGCCCGGGCGUAAUGCCGAGGUGCACGGGGACCCAGAGAUUCGCCUCGUGACAGCUUGGCGACCUUCGCUCGACCGCGAGAUGGCGCCACCGGCGGCGACGGCGGCGGCGCCGGUCGCGCUCUGACCGAUCCCCGACCGCCCGCGGCCUGGUGACCGCGUCAGCUGGAUUUUUCGCGGACGGCGCAACGGGGGUGGACCUUUAUUAUGAGCAGAGAAUUCUACGUUCCCUGCACGCCCUACGCAUACCCGUUGGGCAUCUGUUCCACCAACUUCGUGGGUGUUGCAUCGUAAAUGAAGUGCCGAGGGGGAAGGGGCUAUGCAAGCAGGACCUCAGCAGUGCAGCAGCGGCCUGACGGAAGGCGCCGUGGUGAGCGUCGGAGGUGGCAUGGACUGCAUGCCCCUGCGUCCCGGGCCGUUCCACUACCUGAUAAGCGAGCAGGCGAAGUCGCUGGUGGCCCUCCAGGAGUUGCAGAAUGAGGUGGGCGCCCUCCUCGAGUUCCGGGACCUCGUCAUCGAGACGUUCCCAAACCUCCGGCACAAGAUGGCCGCCUCGGCGUCCACGUCCGCGUCCGUGACGGCAUCAGCGCCGACCUCCCAGGUGCCGCUUCCGCUCUCGAGCCCGUCCUCCAGGAGGAUCGCCGAGUGGGAGCCGGGGAAGGUGAGGCGGCGCGCCGCCCGGGAGGGCGAGACCUCUUCGGGGUCCUCGCUGCCGAGGAGUCGCAGCAACUCGCACAGCGGAGGCAACAAGAACAGCGCCACCGUCCAGGACUCGGGCUUCAGCACCGAGACGUCCUCCAAGGACAGCGCCUCCACGGCCAUCCCGAGGCCGGCGAGUCCCAGACAAGUCCUGGACGAGGCCGAGGACGAGCUAUGGAACCUGCUGGACGUGAUCCACCGGAAAGGCGUACGGCUCCGGGAGGAGGUCGAGUCCCUUCAGGGUCGGCUGGAGAGCGCGGCCCCGGAGGAGCUGAGGGUGUCCGGGGACGCGCUGGAGGCCGCCCGGAAGACCAUCCGGACCGAGGGGGCCGGCGACGACGUCUCCGAGGAGUCGAACCGGGCCCAGGUGGCGGCGCUCCGCAGGGAGAAGGAGCAGCUCCUGGACAAGGUUGCCGAGCUGGAGGCAGAGACCCUGUCGAGUCGGGCCCGAGCUCAGGAGCUGCAGACAGAGCUGGCGGCUCUGUCCGCCCUGAGGAACGGCCUGGAGGACCGGCUCCGAGCCGGGCUGGAGGUCUUCGCCCCCGGGGCUCAACGGGCGCAGCCGCCGGCUGCCGUGCCCGCGUCCUCGCCAAAGGGCGGCGUCAACAUCAGGAGCAAGACCUCCGCCUUCGCUUCCGUGGUCUCCAACAAGGCCCAUAAGAACAGGUUUAGGACGAGGACCAUAGAGAGGAACGUCCUGGCGAACCUGACCCUCCCGCACGAAGCCGAGGUCGAUGUGGAGGCCGGCGUCAACGAGAGGAGGGCGCGGCUGGGGGCGCUGGACUCGGUUCUGGUGUCACCCACCAGGGUGGCGAGAGUCAAAGAUGUCGACUCCACCAAGAUUGCCGCCAUCUUGCGGGAACACUCACCUCUCGAGCUCCAGAGGCACCUAAUCACGACCACCGUCCAUAAUCAGGUCCUUCAGAAGCGAUUGGACGAAGUACAGAAGAGCACGGAAACCCUCUCGGAGAAACUGGACAAGGUUCGCGACGAGAACGACGACCUGCGGUUCCAGCUAGACGAGAGAAACAUCGAGCUAGAGGGAACCCGCGCGAGAGUCAGGGUACUGGAGCGACUUCAGCAACGAGCUCCCACGGAGACGGAGCCAGAGCUGGAGUCGGAGCAGCCUAGAUGCGAGCAGAGCGGUCUCGAGCCCGGAAGUAGCACGGAGUCGGCCCGGGACCACCAUCAGGCCAUCGAGGUGAAGCCGUCCCCCCGACGUCGCCCUAGUCGAAUCCCGCUUCCCGGGACCAAGGCUGCCGCCCCGAAGCCUCCGACUCACGGGAGACACGACAGCAAGGAGUCGCUCAAGUCCCUGACGAGGCCUCCCCGGGACUCUAGUCGAGACAGCCUCGGAGGCAAGUCGCUGUCCAAGGCCCGCGACUCCAGCAGGGAGUCGCUGACGAAGAGCCUACAGAAGGGGCCCAAGGACACCAGCCGAGAAUCCCUGACGACCGCGACGGGGACGACGACGACGAACAAGUCGUUGCCGCGCAAUAAUUCCAGUCGAGACUCCCUAAACAAAUCCUCCUCGCUGUCCCGCACCCGAGACUCGCUGGAGUCCGGCAACCCGGGGACCUCCUCCGGGACUCCUCCUCGGCGACCACCUGCUCCUGCUCGCCGAUCCCACAGUCUAGCCCGACCUCCCGUCGAUACCGACACCAGCAAGGGAUUCACCGGUCCUCCGAGUUCCUGGUGCUCGACGAGUGGGAGCUUCCGGCACAGCGAUUCGUCCUUGUACCCGGACUCGCUGAAUCAGGAGACUUCGUCGGUCACCGGAUCAACCAGGGUGGAAUUCAUCAUCGGAUCGCCCACGAGACGAUUCAGGACCAGUUCUGCUUGGCCACCUCGGUACUUUGAUAGCAUCGAUUCGGCUGCCAUACCUGCUGAGAGUCUCCUGACCGACGAAUUCCCUCUCAGAAGGGGCGAGGCGCUGGCUGACUGCGAUUCCUUGGAAUGCCACCCUAUUUCCAGCGAAGGAUAAAUUUUUGCGAUUAAUCAACCGUUGUCAUAAUUCGACUAAUCGGUCUCUCUAAACGAUCGGACACUGCACGGAAAUUCGGAAACUCUCAUUACCUCGAACUCGUUGUGAACCCGUGAAUGUACGUAGAAAAGGUCGCAGACGUUCAAUGUGACCAGAUCCGUCUUAGAGAUGAAUUAUGAUUUUGGAUAGAUUUUCCUUUUUUUUUAGAAUAAUUCUUGCGACUCCAGUUCGUUCGUGUAACGUCCUCGUCGGAAUCGGUGAACGGAUAGUCUAGAGAUGGUUGGUGUGGCCACGGGGAUAUUUUUCCAGGACUGAAUUAGUUACUCGGUCUAUGGGGAGUCUUUCAACCGAUGAAUCUCCAUUUAAGUCUGACAAGACUCUGAAUGAGAUUCGUUUGAAUGAGGCGGGGCAGGGUGCAACUCGCCAUAUCCACUUUUUAAUGUAGCAUUUAUUACGAACUCAUCCUUUUCGGUAUCCAGUCAAGGUAGAUGUGUAAUAUUCAUUUUCAUCUAAUUUAGAAAUAUCUUUUUAUACUUCGUUUUUUUCUUUUAUUUUUUCUUUUUAAGAGAUCGUUAAAAGUGGAUAAGUCGAGUUUCAUCCUUCCAAGCUUCAAGUGUCAUCCCGUUUCCAUCAGAGAAUGGUAAAUCAUACUACGAAAGGUUGUAAAAAAUCUAUCAAUACUGGAUUCUCACAUUCAGUGACGAAUUUUCAGGGAGUCGUGCACGUUCCUUUCUCAGUUUCGCAGCAGCACCAAAUUUCUCUAUGUAAUCUCAUUAUGUGAGAGUUCAUUUCCUUCAGAUUUUUCUUUUAUAUUGGCCUCUAGUUAUGUGACUUAGACGUGAAAAGUCGUGUAAUGGAAAUUUAUUGUCUUCUCGUUUUUUUUUUCAAUUUAUUUAGAUGCACUCAAUUAUAAGGUUUAGUUCUUAUUGACGGUAUGAUCAUUUCGCACCUUUGUACGUGACUUUUCAUAUGGUAACCAGAAAUAUGCCGAUGGCGAUUGACGGUCCAUUCAAAACCGUCCAUGAUCUUGCACAGCUCGAAGGGUUAAACGGGAGCGCAUUCCUUACUUACGUUAUCGUUCUUUUCCUUUUCGGCGAAAAUAAAUAUCAAGAAUGAGUUUGCUCGGCAAACUUCGAAUUACUUGGUCCACGCUCGCUGGCUGAUAAUUAAUCCCUUUUGCGUUUCCAGGGCUCGGUUGACUGUUUUAUCCGCAUCUUACAUUUUGUACGACUAGUAGAUAUGUUACGAUUAUUUCACUAGGCUAUCCCCGUAUGUUGGGAAUUGUGCGAAAUUUGUGAAAUAGCCAAUUUUCUGCGUCCUCGAUAACUUCGAGGUGCAUCGCUCCAGAGCUCGUCUAUGUCCACUAAAAUACGAUGUUAAAAGACUUGCGGAAAACUAAUUCGCCAUGGAAUAGUUCAUUAAGCUCAUUAGGUUCGGUUCUCCCCUCGUCGCCAUUUUUUAUAUCAAGCGUUUUUAUACAUUCGGAUUUAGUUAGGACUUUUAUUGCUGGACAUGGAGGCUUUGUUGGGCGACACCAGAUUCGUCGGCGAUUCGUUUGCGUUUCUCUUAAGCGGAAAAGAAAUGCAAGCCCUACGGAUGGAACGGCAACCGUAAAAAGAAAAAGAAAAAGAAGAAGUGAUUCAUUCCACUUUGCGCAUUUCUCGCGAUGACAGCGCUGUAUUCCGACUUUGUAUUUGUACACGACUAUUGUAGCGUUGUUUUGUGAUUACGGCACUUUCCUUUAUUGCAUUAUUUAGCGGUGGCACGUGCCUAUUUUAUUGUAAUCGUAAUUACGUAUGAGUGUAUGUGAAUCCGUACCGAAUGAGACAAGAGUGAAUUUUGCUUUCGCGUUGUUGGCCACCCGUAAAUUAUGUCGGCCGAUGAUCGGACACUUUGUCAAUCUCACAUAUCACAGAAGUAAUAUCGACUAGGGUGAAAUAACGUGGCGUGUUUCUAGGACAAAUGUUUCCUUGAUGGAUGUAUACGUUUAAAUGAAAUAAUCACUUAAAUAAUUGGCAUAUGUAACGAGCUGACCAAUUUGGCAAUAAGUGCAAUAAUCUCAGGGGUAGAGAGAGGAUACUUGGUUCUUUGGACCGAAUUUAGUUUUGGAGAGUCAAGGUUUAGUAGAAGAAAAAAAAAACAAAACAAAAAUAACAUGGAGUUCUUGACUGAAUUUGGCUCGAGGAACCAUCCAUUUUACGAGCUUGACUGGUCUUACCUUUUCUGGUCUGAUAUUGAUUAAACCAGUUGGUGAUAAAAUAGAUGAUUUAAUGAGAUUAACGUAUUCACGAUACGUGUUUGUAUAGGUAUAAUAUUUGUAUGGGUCAUAUCGUCAAGGCUAUUUGUUCAGGAAGUAUUUGUCAAAGAAAUAAGCUGCACCUAUGUUCGAAAUGUCUGGGAACAUGAAACGAGAAGAACUUAUAGUACCAUUUAAACCUUCCUCACGCGACACUUCUCUCCUGAACAUUUUUUCAUUUUAGUAAUUUAUUAAUACUAUCGUCAAUAGAGUCCGAACUCAAUGAAGUGAUCGAUGUCGAACUUUAUCGGUAACUUCGAAUGUAAUUAAAUUUAGUUACAAGGAUGACGGUAGAAAAUUAGUACUUUUAGGCAGAAGUUAAGUCUAUCAAAAUUCGCCCCAAGAGUUAUAGUUUCAUAGUCUCUAGUGUUUUCAAAUUAAUGCAAUACUUUAUUACUAGCUCCGUUAUUAGAUACAUUUGGCGCGAAACUCUACCAAGUUUCUAAAUUUCUUUCCAAUUUCAUUACCAACAAGGAGAGAACAUUGAAUCUCAUCGAGUGAGGACGGUUUAGUCGCUACUCACAUUUUGACAGAGUUUGGCCGAACUUGGGCCACUAGGACGAUUCUCCGUUACUCGGAGAGUAAUUCUACGAAUACUACACGUACUACAGAGUUCCUCGCUUCAACCAAUUUAAUUAAUCGUAAUCAUAAAGAAGGGCGACGAGUUGCGAGUCGCCAGUCACAGCGUGUAACCUGUGAUCUAGCUGUAAAGACAAAUAUGUGAUUAAAUUAGUUAAGCCGAUAGGACUGAAGGACAUUACUUAUUAUGUUAGUGCCUGAGAGAAAUAUCACGGAGCUGUGCAAGCCAGACCAAAACCGGACGUGUACCCGUGGUUUUCGUUAGCAACGAUCUUUUUCCUUCGUCCGAGAACGAUGUCGAGGAAAACCCACAGAAUCGCAAGAGAAACGCUCGUAACUUGAUGAAUAUACGCGGCCGGUAAACUCUGGUGCCCCUCUGCAGCCUUCAGCGCUGCCUACUGGAGGCUAUUAUUUUUAUAUUAUAAUUAACGACUAAAUGUCGCAAACGAUGAAGCGAACAAAAAAAAAUGAACGAUGAAGAAGGAACGAGCUGCCACGCGAUUCGGCAGCUUCUCUCGCCGGGGCGGUUAUAUCGUCCUUGUAUUAUACUCUGUCUACGGUAGGGACGUAUUGUCAUUGUGCGAUUAUCGUUUUAACUCGGUACACCCACGAUCGCAGAGAUACACAAUUGUACAUAACGACGUCGCGGAAUAUUUAAAUAGUUUUAAUGUAAAUACAGUACACAUGUAACGAACGCGCGAUAACGUGAUAUAUGAUACGAGGAAUAAUAAAGUGAAAUUACAUUGAU